UUUCUAAUGCCCCAUUUUGCCCAUCCGGGGGGCGCCGUUUGAGGUUCGCCAACCGAAAAUCUUCGGCAGUCCGAUAAAUAAUGCAGGGGCGUAAUGGUAAAAUUCACACUAUUGACCCGUCACACCAUCGCAGUUCGCACGUCCCUGGCCUGUGAAGCUACGACAAAAUCGAUCACGUUGAGCCCAUUUUCGUUACGUGGCGAAACCACUUUGGCUCUAUAAAAAUGCCCCACCUCCCCUCGCUCUGCCUGAAUCGAUUCCGCUUUCUUCUACGACACCGGAAAACUUCCUUCUUAAUUCAGUCGCAACUACAGACGUCUGACAACUCCACCGGAGCAAGCAAGCAAACCAAACCAAACCAAAGGUAACAUAUAAUCGUCAGCACAGGAAUUUUGUGAGAGUUUGUUCAUAAACAUCCGUCGCCCGCACUCUUCGCCUCGAUCGGCACAGUUCCAACAUAUAGUUGUUGCCGGAUCCAGAGGCCUACCUGAAAGGAGACUGAUAUGGCGGAGGGGCGGAGCCGGAAGGUGGUGGUGGAGGUGUGCAACGCGCGGAACCUGCUGCCCAAGGACGGCCAGGGGACUUCCAGCCCCUACGCGCUCGUCGACUUCGAUGGGCAGCGCAGGCGCACCAAGACGAAGCCCCGCGACCUCAACCCUCAGUGGGACGAGCGCCUUGAGUUCCUUGUCAACGACCCCGACUCCAUGGCCACCGAGACGCUCGAGCUCAACCUCUACAACGACAAGAAGUCCGGCAAGCGCAGCACCUUCCUCGGGAGGGUCCGCAUCUCCGGCGGCACUUUCCCGACAGCCGGUUCGGAGUCGCUAGUCUACUACCCCUUGGAGAAGCGCAGCGUCUUCUCUCAAGUCAAGGGGGAGAUCGGACUCAAGCUCUUCUACGUCGACGACGAUCCUGCGCCUGCCUCGGCUACGCCGGAAAAGCCUUCUCAAGACGAGAAAAGCGGAGAGAAGCCACCCGCGGAGGAGGAAAAGAAGACGGAUCAGGAGAAAAAGCAGGAAGAUCACAAAGAGGAGCCGCCGAAGAAGGCGGAGGACGGGGAGGAAAAGAAGCCACCGGAGGACGCUAAGAAGGACGACCCGCCGCCGGAGAAGAAGAGCUCGGACGCCGAAAAGCCGCCGGAAGAGGAGGAGAAGAAGAAAAAGCCAGAGGAUGAGAAGCCCGCAGCUGCGACAUCUCCAGCAGCAGCAUUCGGCGUUAGCGACGUCGACAUCCCGUCCCUCGGUGAACGCUCAACCUCAACUUACGAUCUCGUCGAGCGUAUGCCGUUCCUCUACGUCAGGGUACUCAAAGCCAAGGGCGAUUUCGGUCUGGCCGCCGGCUCUUCCAUAUACGCGAAGGUGGUCGUCGGGAGCCAGAGCAUACGUACGCGCUCGUCGGAGACGCCGGAAUGGGACCAGGUUUUCGCCUUCCACAAGGACAAGCUCGAUGCCACGUCUCUGGAGGUAUCCGUACUCGUAGAGAAGUCGGUCGACGGCAAGUCCACGGAGACGUGCCUCGGCACCGUCGCCUUCGAGCUCCAGGAGGUGCCCAAGCGAGCCCCACCCGACAGCCCCCUGGCUCCCCAGUGGCACACCCUCGAGGGUGUCCCGAAUGCAAACGACGUCAUGCUCGCCGUCUGGCUCGGAACUCAGGCCGAUGAGGCCUUCCCGGAGGCGUGGCAGUCCGACUCCGGCGGCCAGCUCGUCCACACGCGUUCGAAGGUCUACCUGUCGCCUAAGCUCUGGUACUUGAGGCUGACCGUCAUCCAGACCCAGGACCUUCGGGUGAGCUCGAGCCAACCGGACUCCAAGGGUCGUCCGCCGGAGCUCUACGUGAAGGCUCAGCUCGGGUCGCAGGUCUUCAAGACCACCAAGGCAACCGGCGGCUUCACCGCGGCGUCGGCCAACCCCAGCUGGAAUGAGGACCUCGUCUUCGUCGCGGCCGAGCCGUUCGAGCCGUUCCUCGUCGUCGCCGUCGAGAACUCCGUUACCGGCCAAGCGGUCGGGCAGUUCAGGCUGCCGAUGGCGGGGAUCGAGAAGCGGAUGGAUGAUCGGAUGGAGCCGAGGUCGAAGUGGUUCAACCUGAGCUCGGACGAUGCCGGGAAGCAGUACGCGGGCCGGAUACAUGUAAGGGCGUGCCUGGAAGGUGGGUACCACGUUCUCGACGAAGCGACGUACGUGACCAGCGAUGUCCGGGCCACGGCUAAGCAGCUGUGGAAGCCGCCGAUCGGGUCGCUGGAGGUUGGCAUACUGGGUGCCACCAACCUGCUGCCCAUGAAGACCAAGGACGGCACCCGCGGGACAGCCGACGCCUACUGCGUGGCGAAGUACGGGCGGAAGUGGGUUCGGACUCGGACCAUCCUCGACCACUUCAGCCCCCGGUGGAACGAGCAGUACACCUGGGAGGUGUACGACCCGUCCACCGUCCUGACAGUGGCCGUGUUCGACAACUCGAGGUACAAAGAAGGCGACGGCAAGGACGCGCGCAUCGGCAAGAUACGCAUUCGCCUGUCGACGCUGGAGACCAACCGCGUCUACACCAAGUCGUAUGCUCUCAACGUUCUGCAGAGCAGCGGCGCCAAGCAGAUGGGCGAGCUUGAGCUGGCCAUCCGCUUCUCCUGCAGCUCGUGGGUCAGCCUGAUGCAGGCGUACGUGAAUCCAAUCCUGCCCCGGAUGCACUACGCCCGACCGCUCACGCCGGUGCAGCAGGAUGCGCUCCGCCACGUCGCUACGCGAAUCGUGACCGCCAGGCUGGGCCGGGCGGAGCCGCCACUGGGCCACGAGGUGGUGAACUACAUGCUGGACUCGGACACCCACGUCUGGAGCCUGCGCCGGAGCAAGGCCAACUGGUUCCGGAUCAUGGCCUGGCUCAAGCACGCCGCCUCCUUAGUCCGGUGGGUCGAUGAGGUGCGGACCUGGUCCAGUGCCGGGACCACCGUCUUGGUACAUGCACUGUACGCCAUACUCGUGUUCUAUCCCCAGUUGAUACUCCCCACGCUGUUCCUCUACCUCUUUUUCAUACUCAUCUGGAGGUUCCGCGUCCGCCGUUUUUCCGCCGGCAACAUGGAGCUGCGCCUGUCUUGCGUCGACGCGGUGAGCAUCGACGAACUGGACGAGGAGUUCGACAGCUUUCCGACGGCCCGGUCCGCGGAGCAGGUGAAGAUGAGAUACGACCGGCUGAGGGCUCUCGCCGGCCGCGCGCAGACGUUGCUCGGCGACAUUGCGGCACAGGGAGAACGGAUGGAGGCAUUGGCGAGCUGGCGGGAUCCACGCGCCACCGCCAUGUUCGCCGUCUUCUGCCUCUUGACGUCGCUCUUGCUUUACGCUGUGCCGUUCAAGGUAGUGGCGCUGUUAGGCGGGUUUUACUUCCUCCGGCAUCCGAGGUUCAGAAGUGACUUGCCGCCGGCGCCUAUCAACUUUUUCCGGCGAUUGCCUUCGCUUUCGGACCGGAUUCUCUGAUCCCUUUUACAAGCAUUGAUCUCGGGUCGGAUUCUCCGAUCCGUUCAACCAGUUGCAUUAGUUAUUUAAUCUUCAAUUAGAAGUUUUUAGAUAAUCGGCCAUCUCGUUCAUGCUGGGAGCAGUCGGACAGUCAUCAAGUGGCAUGAGACCGUUAGAUUGGUGGGCCAGAAAUUCUUUUCUUGUGUGGCAUCUUGAAUUUGUCGGCGGUGACCGUUGGAGAGACUUUUCUCACGUAAAGCGCAUGAUCGUAGGGUUCCGUGCAUUAAUGGAAGCACAAAGCCUUUAUUAAAACCUUUACUUGCAACAUUAUUUGAUUCUUUAAUGUAAAGACUGUGAAGUGUAUUUGAUCUGCCUUUCCUUGA